AUGAGAAACCACAGCGCUGUCCGAGAGUUCGUUCUCCUUGGACUGUCCACCGACCCCUACCUUCGGCCGCUACUCUUUGCUCUCUUCCUUCUGGUCUACCUCCUCACUCUGGUGGGGAAUGCCUUGAUGCUGCUUGUGAUCGCGGCCGAUUCCCACCUCCACACGCCCAUGUACUUCUUCUUGAGGCAACUGUCCUUCCUAGACCUGUGUCACUCAUCGGUCACGGCUCCCCAGAUGCUGGAGAAUCUGCUUUCUGAGGACAAAACCAUCUGGGUUGAAAGCUGCUUGGCGCAGGCCUUCUUUGUGUUCGCCACCGGCGGCACCGAGGCCUGUCUCCUCGCGGCCAUGGCCUACGACCGCUAUGUCGCCAUCAGCUCGCCUUUGCUCUACGGCCGGGUGAUGAGCCACCAGCUCUGUGUGGGGCUGGUGUGGCUCUCCUGGGGUCUGGCCUUUGGUGAUGCUCUCCUCAAUAUCCUCCUGGCUGCCCGUUUAGAUUUCUGUGAGGACCAAGCGAUUCCUCACUUCAGCUGUGAGCUGUCUUCUCUCUUCCCUCUGUCCUGCUCCGAUACCUCCACCAACUUCACACUCCUGCUCUGCUCCUCGGUUGUGCACUUCUUUGGGACCCUCGUUAUGAUUGUUGGCUCUUACGCCCGCAUUGUCUCCACUGUCCUGAGGGUCAGCUCCACCAAAGGCAGAAGCAAGGCCUUCUCCACCUGCUUAUCCCACCUCACAACUGUGAUCUUGUUCUAUGGCUCAGGUUUCAUCAGCUACCUUUUACCAGCUUCAGGGUCCCCCCUGGAAAUGGUCUUCUCUUUGCAAUACAGCCUGAUCACCCCCAUGCUGAACCCCCUCAUCUACAGCCUGAAGAACAAGGAGGUGAAGGCAGCUGUGGGAAGAAUGAUCAGAAAGCAUUUUUAA